UGAAACUGAAAAGAAAAAAAAAACAUUUUACAUUAAAAAAAACACAGGAGAGAGAGAGAAGAGAGAGAGUGAUGUUGUUGUUGCAGCUUUAGCCAAAAGAUCUCACCUUUUUCUUCUGCAGAGCUUCCUCAUCAUCUUUCUCGUGUUUCCUCUCGUCGUAGAGACCUAAUCAGAAUAAAAACAUCCUCGUCACUCAAAAACCUGUCUCCCCCCCAUUGUCCUCAGAUCGAUUCAAUUUUUUUUCUCCAAAAGGACGGACAAUGAAGAUGGCGACGAACGGGCGGUUCUUCACAAUCGGGAUCGUGGCGUCGUGGUACUCCUCCAACAUCGGAGUGCUGCUUCUGAACAAGUACCUCCUGAGCAACUACGGGUUCAAAUACCCGAUCUUCCUCACCAUGUGCCACAUGACCGCCUGCUCCCUCCUCAGCUACGUCGCCAUCGCCUGGCUCAAGAUGGUCCCGAUGCAGACCCUCCGAUCCCGCGUCCAGUUCCUCAAGAUCUCCGCCCUCAGCCUCGUCUUCUGCGUGUCGGUCGUCUUCGGCAACAUCUCCCUCAGGUUCCUCCCCGUCUCGUUUAACCAGGCCAUCGGCGCCACCACGCCGUUUUUCACCGCCGUGUUUGCGUAUGCGAUGACGCUCAAGAGGGAGGCUUGGUUGACUUACUUCACUCUCCUCCCUGUCGUAACUGGUGUUGUGGUCGCCAGUGGGAGUGAACCAAGCUUUCACCUUUUUGGAUUCCUUAUGUGCAUUGCAGCCACAGCUUCCAGAGCACUUAAAUCUGUGCUUCAAGGAAUUUUGCUUUCUUCCGAAGGGGAGAAGCUCAACUCCAUGAAUCUCCUCCUCUACAUGGCUCCAAUAGCUGUCGUCUUCCUUCUCCCUGCUACUCUUAUCAUGGAGAGAAAUGUCGUCGGCAUUACUAUUGCACUUGCAAGAGAUGAUUUCAGAAUCGUUUGGUACCUGCUUUUCAAUUCUGCGCUUGCCUAUUUCGUUAACUUGACAAACUUCUUGGUCACCAAACACACUAGCGCCCUCACUCUCCAGGUGCUAGGAAACGCCAAAGGAGCAGUAGCAGUGGUAGUCUCUAUUCUAAUAUUCAAGAACCCUGUUUCAGUGACCGGAAUGCUCGGUUACUCCCUCACUGUCUGUGGAGUUAUCCUCUACAGCGAAGCCAAGAAACGGAGCAAAUGAGAACCACCAAACACACACACACCCCCUCAAAGAUUCAAUAUUCUUCAUUUUUACUUCUUAUAUAUAUAAUGUUUUAUAAUUUUUAUCAACACACAGGCAAGUCAAGUAGUCUCUUUUGCUGUUACAAAAAUCUUACACACCACAUCCCUGGUUUUAGUCUUAAAUGGAAAAGCUAGGCCAAAGCAUGGGUUUUUUUCCCCUA